UAACACACAUCACACUCUCUCUUUACUAUUUCUACUAUUUCCACCUCCUCUUUCAUUUUUUCACACUUCUUUUCUAUUUGCACCUCGCUAUAUCCCAAAAUGACUACUAUUUGUGCUGAGCAACAACAACACAAGUUUCAUUCUUCUUACCAACCCCUCUCCCCCAAAAAAUCCUUAAGAGAAAUUGAUAUCCCACCAAGAAAACUCCUCACCCGCCGUAGCACCACCGCUGCCGACAUGUUUUCCGACGACACCAUCCUUCAAAAGUUCCUUCCACAUAAUGAUUCUGACUCUGAUUCGGACGAUCCUUACUCGUCCGAUCAUUUUCGUAUGUACGAAUUCAAAGUCCGCCGGUGCACUCGUAGCCGGAGUCACGACUGGACAGACUGUCCAUUCGCACACCCAGGUGAAAAAGCUCGCCGCCGUGAUCCACGGCGGUUUCAUUACUCAGGAACAGUAUGUCCUGAGUAUCGUCGCGGUAGCUGUAACCGCGGUGAUUCUUGUGAAUUUGCUCAUGGAGUUUUUGAAUGCUGGCUUCAUCCUGCUAGAUACAGAACAGAAGCUUGCAAAGAUGGUAAAAAUUGUAAGAGAAAAGUUUGUUUCUUUGCACACACUCCUCGUCAAUUAAGAAUCCUUCCGGUAACUUCUUCAUCUUCUUCAAAUGAACAUUUUUCAUGCAACAAGAAAAAUAAUAAGAUUUUGAAUAACCAUGUUGCUUCAAAAUCAAACAAUUGCUGUUUGUAUUGUCAUUGUGGUGGUAAUGGUGCUAAUGACUCUCCAACUUCAACACUUUUUGGUAUGUCUCAUUUUUCUUCGCCGCCGGCGUCACCUCCUAUGUCUCCGAUGAAGCCAAGAAAUGGUGUUUCAUCUCUCUCACGCUAUGGCUCUUCGAUUAAUAGUAACAAUCUUCGUUACAGAGACAUGCUUAUUGAUCUUUUGGGUUCAUUUGAUGGUUUAAAUUUCAAUGAAGGUUCAUCUUCUUCUUCUUCUUCCCCUGUUUCUGGUGCUAAAGCACUUCAGAAUCAGAUACAGAACAAUAUGAACAUGGGUUAUCUUGAUAUUCCUCUUAACUCUGAGGAACAUAUUCAGAAUCAGAAUCAGUUUAUUGUUUCACCUUCUUCUUUUGAUAAUCAACAGCAACAUUUCAAUAUUCUUUCACCAAUUCAUCAGAAUUUGACAGUACCAAGUUUCAAUGAUAUUGAUGACAAUAACAUGGUUAAUAACAGAAUGAUGUUUUUGGGAAAUAAUGAGAAUAAUAAGGUUGUUGUUGGUGGUGGUGAUGCUCCUGAUCUUGGAUGGGUUAAUGAGCUUCUGAUGUAGAAGAGUGUUGAAUUUGAAGAUGAUGAAUGAGAGUUUUGGAUUAAUUUCUGAGAUUUUCUCAAUGGAGUGAAGUGUAAAUAUGAAGAAUUAAGUGAUAUUACAUAUUUAUCCCUGCAAUUGUCAAAAAUAAAACUAAGCAUAUUAUGUUGUUUAAUAAUUUAAGGUUAUUUUUGUAAUGUUUUUUCAUUUAAAAUUAAAAUGUUAUUAUUUGUUUUUCUUGAAUUUGAGGUUGUAGUACUAUGUAAGUUAUGCAUUUGGAUUUGAUGUUCGAUUUUGUAUAAAAUGGAAUAUUUUGAUA